AUGAUUCGAGAAAGACUUAAAGCGGCCCAGGAUCGACAAAAGUCCUAUGCAGAUCUUAAGAGGAGACCUGAUGAAUUCGCCGUAGGGGAUUAUGUAUUAUUGAGAGUUUCACCGAUGAAGGGAGUCAUGAGGUUUGGCAAGAAGGGCAAGUUGAGUCCAAAGUUCAUAGGACCUUAUGAGGUCACAGAGAAGGUAGGAAACGUCGCUUACAGACUAGCAUUACCCAAUGAGUUGGGUAAGGUCCAUGAUGUGUUUCACAUUUCGCAGUUGAAGAGAUAUGUCCCUGAUAAAUCUCACGUGCUAGAUCCUGAGCCCUUAGACCUUGAUGAGAAUUUAUCUUAUGAAGAGAAGCCUAUCAAGAUCUUAGAUUCUAAAGUGCGUAGUACGAGGAGAAAAGAUAUAAACAUGGUGAAAGUUCUUUGGGAUAACCAGCGCACACAGGAGGCAACGUGGGAAACUGAGCAUUCCAUGCGUGAGAAAUACCCACACCUUUUUUCCGAGAGCGAGUAUAAUAGCAUCAAUAAGUCGCGAUCUUUGAGUUAA